AUGACCCUCACCGAUUACAUCUCCGCCCUCUCCGACAACCCCUAUUUUGGGGCCGGUUUCGGCUUGUUUGGCUUAGGAGCGGGGGCUGCUCUCCUCCGCAAGGGCCUGCAAGGCUCCCUCAUCCUCUUCAGGCGCCACUACAUGAUCACUUUGGAAGUUCCUUGUCGAGACAAGUCAUAUCAGUGGCUCUUACAAUGGAUGACCGAGAAGGGGGCCCGUCAGACGCAACAUUUAAGUGUAGAAACCAGUUUCGAGCAGAAGGAAACGGGCCAUGUGAAGACCAAAUACGACUUUAUCCCUAGUGUAGGUACGCAUUUUUUCCGGUAUGGGUCGACGUGGAUUCGGGUCGAGAGGACUCGGGAACAACACACGCUGGAUUUGCACAUGGGGGUUCCAUGGGAGACGGUCACUUUGACGGCGUUUGGGAGGGAUAAAGCCAUCUAUUUCAACAUUUUAGAAGAAGCCAGACAGAUGGCUUUGCGGCAGCACGAGGGCAAAACCAUCAUGUACACAGCAAUGGGUAGCGAAUGGCGCCCUUUGGGGCACCCACGCCGCCGACGCCCCAUCGCCUCUGUAAUCCUCGAUGAAAACAUCGGUGACAAAAUUUUAAAUGACUGUAAAGAAUUCAUUUCAAACCCUUCGUGGUACACGGAACGGGGAAUCCCCUAUCGGAGAGGUUAUUUGUUGCACGGGCCGCCUGGUUGCGGCAAAUCUUCGUACAUUACGGCCCUGGCCGGCGAGUUGGGCUUUUCGAUUUGUGUUUUGAAUUUAUCGGAGAGGGGGCUGUCCGAUGACAGGCUGAAUCAUCUCUUGAGUGUGGCCCCCCAGCAGAGCAUCAUCCUUCUGGAGGACAUCGAUGCUGCUUUCGUUUCACGGGAGGACACCCCCCAGCAAAAGUCCGCAUAUGAGGGGCUAAAUCGGGUCACUUUCAGCGGUCUUUUGAACUGCUUGGACGGGGUGGCCAGCACCGAAGCCCGGAUUGUUUUUAUGACUACGAAUUACCUCGAACGGCUGGAUCCGGCCCUGAUACGGCCCGGCCGAGUUGAUUUGAAGGAAUACAUCGGCUGGUGUUCCCCCUAUCAGAUCGAGCAGAUGUUCCUACGGUUUUACGAUGGCGAAAAUGCCCGAAGGCAGGCGAAGGAGUUCGCUGAGAAAGUGGCCGCGUUCGGAAAAAAUGUCAGUCCGGCCCAGAUUCAGGGAUUUUUCAUGUUUUAUAAACACACGGAGCCCGAAGAGGUUAUAAAGAAUUGUAAAUUAAUUUGGGAAUUAUAGUUUUAGAAGUUUA